AAUGUCUUGGGAUGCUUAUGUAACAAACUUGACAGCCAAUGGUGCACUAGAAUAUGCUGCCAUCAUUGGAUUAGAUGGAAACAUUUGGGCUAGCAAUUUUGGUGUUGCUGUUCUCCCAUCCUACUAAGCUGAUGUACCAGAUGAGAAAAAUCCAGACGUAACAACAAAGGUUGCUUACGAUGAGAAGGCUGCUUUUGUACAUGCUCUUACUCACAAUGGAGAAUCAGGUAAUAAAGCUGGAAUUAGAAUCAAUAACUAAAAAUAUUAUUCAGUCUAAUUUGAUGGAGAAUCCAAAUCCUGGUACUUAAAGAAGGUAUUUAAAAUAUUCAUAAUCAUAGAAUAAAGGUGGAGCUUGUGUUGCUUGGUCUAAUACAGUUGCUGUCUUUGCUUCAUUCUCCCAAACCAUUAAUGCUGAAAAUGGUGCUCCAUAGAAUGCCAGCGAUUGCAACAAGCGAGUCCUUGAUAUGGCAAAAUACCUUGCUGAUUCUGGAUAUUGAGU